AUGGACCCUCCGACCUUAUUGAGUCUUCCAAUGGAGGUGCAUCUGCAACUAUGUGAGUUUCUUACGUCAUUAGAGCUCAAGUAUAUGAGCCAAACAUGCGUGGCUUUGCAAAGGAUAUAUCGCCCGGAAUCCUGGCGAAACUGCAUAGUUUUCAAGGUACGGGCACAGCUUUACCAUGAGAUAUACUCGACGUGUUUUGAUCCGUUUUGCCGGUACCGGCGGGUGUCUUUAGAAGCUGUGAGUAGGCCGGAGCGUUUCAGCUGGUUUGAUAAGGCAAGUGUGCACCAGAUUAGUUCCAAUUCGUAUUUCUUUGGACAAGAAGAGGGCCGCGCGGACGAAUGGACCAUGAACAGAAUCAAUGUUGCAGAAGCUGGGGUAACAGCAGGUGCCAUGUCGACUACGGCUGAGGUGCUCAAUUGUUUGGACGUGACCAAGUUCCCGCAGUUGCAAAAAGUAAAUGUGAUUAAGGGACUUCAAUUGUCUGUUGGAAAAUAUACGUCGAUUAUGAAUUCCAACUUCAUUCAAGAGCUCAAGCGAAUCAAUAGGGGGGAUUUGCUUUGGAUGGAUGUAUCUUCGUUUCACGGAACAGAUGAAACAGUGCUGCAGGCUAUAGAAGACUUAGAGCAGCUUCAUGUCAGUGAGAUCAGAGACAUUCGGAUUUCAUUGCUUGCGGCACCAAUUAGGCCUCCACCCCGACUUUUUUCUCUGCCUUAUAUUAAGAUGAUCAGUAUAGCUAGUGCGCCGGCGCAUUGGCUUGAGUAUUUUUUAAAAAGUGUACGAGAGUGGCCAUGUCUUGAAAUAUUGAUUUUGGAACCCACUAUGGCCAUGGCAUUAAAGGAGCAAGGCCAAAUGGUUAUAUCGAAAAGAUACAUUUUGGCAUUGCAGAAUUUGCCACGUUUAAAAAAGUGUCGGAUUACACUUGCAUUUAUGGGCAAUUUAGAGAUUGGGUUUAGUGUUGAUAUGGCAAUAGUUGCAUCUAGACUAGACCAGCGCUUUGGAGAAGUCCCACAUCGAUUGGAUUUACCGGCUGUAACAGAAAUUAAGGUACAAGGGUCUCUUGGGAUGCGAGAUCUUCUUGGGUUUUUGCAUUUGCCCAACCUUGAAUUUUUGGAGUUUCGCGGGAGUCAAAAAUACCACGGUUCAAGCUUGAAUUUUGAAGACUUAAACACUCAAGCAUUAAAUAAAUUAUCUUUAUCAUUAUGCCUGGAUGUGCCGUACUUUAUUGCCAUCAAGUCACUUGCUAAGCUGCCUAAUUUGGAAUAUCUUCGAGUGUGCAAGGAGACAUUUUACACGUUGGGGUAUACAUAUGGUUCGGAGUUUCAAACGCAGCUACUGGAUUUGUAUCAUGACACUGGUAGGACUUUACAAACAGCUGACGAUUUGAUUAUUAGUGAUGGAGAACCGGAUCUUUCAGAUUGGGUUUACACGAGCUGGUAUAAUAAAGUUUGUCGGUGCGAUGAGUGUAUAGGACCAUUAGGGGAUCGGGGUAAGUUUUGCAAAAGACGAAGAACUAUAGCCAAUAUUUUGCUUGGGAUAGUAUGGAGGCCUCUUGAGACGUUGGAACUUAUUCAUGAGUCACCUUUACAAUACUUUACCAGGAACCAGCGGGAGAUAUAUUCUGAGCUGUGCUCGAUAGAGGCCAUUUAUGAGCAGAUUCGACUGGGGAAAUUGGGAAAACUUAAGUAUCUUUCUGUAUGUACGAUAAACGCAUUUGAAGUGUCACCUAACCUUCAACAACUGCUGGACAUGUUUGUUGAUGGUGGUGACGGUUGUGAUGAUUUUGGGAAGAAUAAUUUAAGGGAGGAGGCAAACCCAAGUUGCUUCUCUGAUUGCUCAAACUUCAGGGUACAAGCGCAUUGCGAAACGCCUGCAUCAGAGCAGCAGCUACAGAAGAAGCAGCUACCUCGAUUGCCAUUACAGCAAGUGAAACUUAAGCUUUAUGGGUUUGUGGGUCCUAUCGCAACAGACCCGCGUUUUGAGUGGGCUCCACGGUUCCCAUACUCGUUAUAUUUUGAAGGUACUCAGGGGCGCGAGCGAGCGAGUGUAUUAUAUGAUGUGAAGCAGCAGCGUAGGCUUGACCGACAGUUUGAGCGGUUUAAACAGGAGGUUUAUAUUGGGGAAGUGGAUGGAAUUUAUGAGAAUGAUAAUGAAAGUCAAUUGAACCAUAAAAAUAGUAAAUGGGUUCACAAGGUAAAGACGCCGUUGCCCAAAGUGAUUUAUGUCGAUUGGCAGUUGCCAGACCACGAUUUGUUUGCCCCUGAUUUUGAUGGGUGGUUACGAUGA